GAGGGGUUUUUCGAUGGAAGAAACAAGAGGGGCUUUUUCGUGUUUGGAAAUACUGGAAUAGUGACUCUUCCCGGCUUUCCUGGGAGAAUGUCUUGGGGCUUUCCAGAGACGACUUACGAGUUUUGGGGACUUUACUGAAAGGAUGGGGUAUUCCCAGUAAGACACGCUCCCUGUCUUCUGAAGCGCUGGUCGCGUGGAGCGCUAUCAGUGCCGCUUCUUCUGAAGCCACCUAACUUAAAGAAAAAUCCUUUCGCUCCUCAGUCCAAAGCUCGCGGAAUUUUUUAUGACAGCCGUCUAAUGGGUUCCAGAGGACUCAUUCAGGAAUGUCUGAGCAGGUUUCAUCGCGAUCCUGCGAUGGGUCAAGGGACCUCGUGAGUGUGCAACAUCUCUUUCAGAAUUAUCUGCUUUCAUUCUGUGACUUCCUCAUUUAAAAAAGAUUCACAAUCUGUACAAUACGGAGAAAGUAAAAAUAAAAGAAGUGACUUUACAGUUUUCCCCUAUUAUCUCCACUUGUUGCUGGACAAACCAAGUUUUAAGUAAUGGAGUCUGUUAGAUUGGUUUUAAUUUAGAAGAUUGUUAUUUGUGUCUUUUGAAGCAUGUUUUUGAAGCAGCAUAUCCGAGUUGCUUCUAUCACUGUUGUUUGGAAACAAACAAUGCAGUUCUUUUUUUGCACUGGAAUCGAGGUGCAAUGCUAUAUUGGGAAAAUGUUGUCCUGUAAUUGAGUUCUUGCAUUUUUUUGUCAACUGCUUUUAAAAUAUUAAAUCUCAGUUCUACAAACUGAUAAUUCCCUUGGCACAGAUAUAGUUAGUGUAGAGAUUUACAAAGGUAAAGCUCUGUGGAAGUCAGGUGUCCACUUGGAGCUUGAAGAUCAUAAUAGAUCCACCUUACCUAGUUUUUAUAUUUACUACAUGUAGGAUCCAUUUAGGAUCCAUUUAGCUCUUCAGGCUAGAUUUUUUGAGAUAUUAAUAGACCUCAGUUGAUCGCUAUAUGAAAAGGUUGGAAAAUUUGGUUUGCAGGCCAGCAAAUUUCCCAUUAAAAUUUGGCAGGCAGCUUGCACAGGAAGAAUUUUGGAAUUCAACUUGCACAGGUAAAAAUUUUCCAGUCCCGUUUCUAGGACAGAGGUGUACACCACAGCAUGUUCUCAAGUAAUCUAUCAGAAAAGAAGGCUUUGGUAGUCAGGAAAAGUGGUAAUGCGUUCUGCUUUGAAGCAGCAGUGUGCAGUGGGAGUCAGCUGGGAUGGGCUGUGAGGGACUGUGUUCCUCUGAAUGGCAGAUGAGCGCAUGGUGUGGCUGUGGUUCUUGCAUCAUGGAGGUUAGGUGGCUUGGUAAAGAUUGUGGUCAAGUUUCAUUGCUUUCUUCUUAGUUACUCAAGAUUUCUUUCUGCAGCUGGGAUUUACUAGUGACACGCAAAUCCAGAGACGCCCAUCUCUGAGCGCUGGACUGAGUGUACCCAGUGCUCUCGUCCUCGCCGGAGAGGAAGGAAAGUAGCAGCUAGGGUCAGGGCACCCCUUCUGCCUUUCCUGGCUGCAAGCCCACAAUUACUGAGUAGCAGAGAUGGGUAGAAACAGCUCAUACUGGUCCAGGAACCUGCUGUGAUCUUUGCUAAUCCUCCAACCUACAUUUGUAGCUGUGUUUUUUUCCCCAAACCUUCCAUUUAAGCAUCAUCCUAGCCAGUCUAGCUGUAAGCCAGAGUCCAAUUAUGAGCUUCCUAAUCCCGAUAUCGUCCCGUACCCAGUCUCCCUCAUUCCCAGCAUCAGGCCAGUCACCUGCAGCCUCUGGUUACCCUGUCAGUCCCUUCAGGCUCUGUUGAUAUUUUGGUCUUUUCUCUCUGCCCAUCCUCACAGAACUCAUAUUUUCCUGGAUGUCAUGCAAGGACAGAAGACCAGGGUUCUGAGCAAAGCAUGAUGGUCCACUGAAGGGAGAAACGAAGUGAGGGGCAGUGAGAUUUGCUCCAAAAAUGGCAAAAAGUCUUGCAGAGGAGGUUGUGUUGCCACCUUAUCUCAUGUUAUGGCCUCUAGUAUGCAUUUGUACAUUUGGUCAGCCCCAAAAUGUGUUUAAACACACUUUUGAUGUAAAGAUGCGUUCAUGGGCAUUUGAAGAAUUUAUCACAUGAAAAAUGGACAAUUAGGAUGAGAUUCAGCUGCAGAUCAAGACACUUGAAUGUCUACACCAAUUCGACUAAGACGCUUAACUUGUCUACAUAUGUACUAGGUGGUUACAGUCCAAUUACAGUCAAUGGAGAGACCUUGUCAACGCUUGCAGUGAAGCCUGGAGAUGAAUUCAGCCCAAGUAGACACCAAGUGGGUGGUCAGCUCAGUAGCUGUAGGCUCUUAACCACGCUGGCUAAAUCAUCCUUGAGUUUGAGGGAGUUUAGACACCCAAAUAGCGCCUUAAUCUGGAGCUGAAUCCUUCCCUCAAGCCUUUUUUAGAUCUAUCUUUCGGGUUCUGCCACUGCUCCUUGUUCUGCCUCCAGUGAAUUCAUCUAGUUGUGCAAUGGGAAAUAAAACAACGGAAAUCCGUGUGAAGUAUGAGAAUAUACUAAGCCACGACGUCGAUGAGCUGGUAAAUAUGUCUGCAGAGUAUCGUGACAGGUGCUGCAAGAAUAAAAAACAUGAAAAUAGCAAAGUGUUUUUCUGCAAUGAUACUCAGGAGAUAGAAUCACUACAGAGUAUGGCAUGCAACAUGCUCAGAUUCUUUCAUAAGCAAAAAAUCAGCAAAGACUUCAGAUGGAAAGCAGCAUUAGUCUCAUGUGGGACAUUACAGGUUCUACAGUGCAAAUGUGAAAGACAUAAAAAAGAAAAGGUUUGCACACAGGUAAAUACACAUAAUAAAGAAGGUACAGAAACAGGUGAAGAGUCCAAAAAGAAAUGUAACCAAGAAUUUUGUGAACUGAAAGAAAAUAUAUCUAGCCUUCGAUCCUGCUGGAAUAAAUUUGAAAAAAUAAUUUCCAGGUGAUUCUAGGUGAAUCCUGCUCUUUUCUUUCGAAGUGGCAUUACUUGGUAUCUUUGCAUUUUAUAUGCAUUCUUCGAGUAACUGUCCUCGCUUAUAUGAACACUUUAUGCCAGAAUUCUGACAGAAAGCUACUGUACCUUGUUCCUGGAGAUAGAAUAAACAGAAACGGCUAAACCAAGCUGCUGAAGUCCAAGAAGUGGAAACAAAAGACCAGCGUUUGAAACAAAGAACUCUGCAGAAGGCUGUGUCCCACCUUCGUGCUCUGGAUUUUCUGAUCUUUCAAGUCACUUUUUAAUACCGUCAUAUGAAAGCAAUCUACUUACAUGUCUACAGCAAUUUAUAAAACCAUCUUAGAAGCUGCAGGUGAAGAAAGCAAUAUGGAAAAUUAGCUGGUUUCUUUGUAUCUAUGCAAAAUGCAUCAAGGACGGACAGGACCAAUGUACCAAACAAGCAGCUGAUCUUGUGGCUGUUCUGCUGAUGCAUUAAUGUUUUCAGUGUGGGUAUCUAAUAGGUCUGCAAACUGAUUUAAGUUUGGAAAAAUAGCAAAAAGGUUAACUCUUUGAAAAACUUAGGAAGGGUACUGAUUUUUGAGAGAUGUAGCACACUUCUACCGGCUGAAGUAGAGGCGAGACAGCGAGAACUAUGGAAGGUGAAAAAGGAGAUGCCUGAAUGUAAGUUUGUUCAGCUGACUGGAAACAGCACUAGCCUUAUAUAUUUGGUUAUCCUAGAGUUAGCUGCAGGAGGAGCUAGAAUUUCUUUCCUUCACAUUGUGAUUUCUUAUAUGCAAUGAUUUUAUAUAACGUGUUUAACAUAUUAGACAAACGUGACUUAAAAUGUGUGAAUAUUUUCAGAGAAUAAUAUAUUGGCAUUUAACUAAUAAAGUGUUCAUAUUUAAUUUUGG